GGGGCGAGGGAAGGGAGGCUGAGGAGCGCGGACGCGAGGCGGCGGCAGCAGCAGCAGCAGGAGGAGGCGGAGACUGCGGCGCGGCGGUGCUGGCGGUCGUCGUCGUCGUCGUCUUCCCCUCCCCGCCUCUCGCAGCCCGUGAGGGGGCACGAUAAGCGGAGGGAUGCGGCGGCCCCGCCCGACCCACAGUGCUGAUGCCAUGACCAUUAUUCAACCAUUCUGAAGAUGGAUUACUGUUACUGAUGGGAAGAAGUCCAAUAUGAGUGGAAAUGAUGUUGGAGGAAGAAGACGCUUUGAGGACAGCGAACACACACUACACAUAUACCCUGGGAACAUUGCUGAAGGGACCAUCUAUUGUCCUGUUAUUGCACGAAAAACUUCCACAGCUGCUGAGGUGAUAGACUCUCUCAUUAACAAACUUCAACUGGACAAAACAAAAUGCUACGUUUUGGCAGAGGUGAAGGAGUUUGGUGGGGAAGAAUGGAUCCUCAACCCCACAGACUGCCCUGUCCAGCGCAUGAUGUUGUGGCCCCGAAUGGCCCUAGAGAACCGUUUGAGUGGAGAGGACUAUCGCUUUCUUCUAAGGGAAAAGAACCUAGAUGGGUCAAUACAUUAUGCCAGUCUCCAGUCCUGGUUGCAGGUGACAGAAGAGCGGCGCAGGAUGAUGGAACGUGGCUUCCUUCCUCAACCGCAGUACAAAGACUACGAUGAUUUAUGUGCUUUGCCAGACUUGAAUGAGAGAACUCUCCUAGAAAACCUUAGAAAUCGUUUUAAACAGGAGAAAAUUUACACAUACGUUGGGAGCAUACUAAUAGUAAUAAAUCCAUUCAAAUUUCUCCCUAUUUACAACCCUAAGUAUGUCAAAAUGUAUGAUAACCAUCAGCUUGGAAAGCUGGAGCCCCACAUUUAUGCAGUAGCUGAUGUAGCAUAUCAUGCUAUGCUUCAGCGUCGGAAGAACCAGUGUAUAGUCAUUUCUGGAGAAAGUGGGUCUGGGAAAACACAGAGCACAAAUUUCUUGAUUCAUCACCUCACUGCUCUUAGCCAAAAAGGAUUUGCUAGUGGAGUAGAACAAAUAAUUCUUGGAGCCGGACCAGUACUUGAGGCAUUUGGGAAUGCAAAGACAGCACACAAUAACAACUCAAGUCGCUUUGGCAAGUUUAUCCAAGUGAAUUAUCAGGAGACUGGCACUGUCCGAGGAGCUUAUGUUGAAAAAUAUCUACUUGAAAAGUCAAGGCUUGUCUAUCAGGAACAUAAUGAGAGGAACUACCAUGUAUUUUAUUACCUUCUGGCAGGAGCAAGUGAAGAAGAGAAAUCAGCAUUUCAUCUUAAACAGCCUGAUGAAUAUCAUUAUCUUAAUCAGAUGACAAAGAAACCCCCCAAACAGAGCUGGGAUGACUGUUACUAUGAGUCUGAGCCGGAUUGCUUCUCUGUUGAAGGGGAAGAUCUGAAGCAUGACUUUGAGCGUUUGCAGCUAGCUAUGGAGAUGGUGGGCUUCCUUCCCAAGACUCGCAAGCAGAUUUUUUCCAUUUUGUCUGCAAUACUGCACUUGGGUAAUAUCUGUUACAAGAAGAAAACCUACCGAGAUGAUUCCAUAGAUAUCUGUAAUCCCGAAGUCCUUCCUAUUGUCUCAGAGCUGCUAGAGGUAAAAGAAGAAAUGUUAUUUGAAGCACUAGUUACAAGGAAGACGGUGACUGUGGGGGAGAAGCUUGUAUUACCGUACAAACUGGCAGAGGCUGUUACAGUGCGGAAUUCCAUGGCUAAAUCGUUGUACAGUGCUCUGUUUGAUUGGAUAGUUUUUAGAAUUAACCAUGCACUUUUGAAUACCAAGGACUUUGAGGAGAGCACCAAGACUUUGUCCAUUGGAGUACUUGAUAUUUUUGGGUUUGAAGAUUAUGAAAGUAACAGUUUUGAACAGUUUUGCAUUAAUUUUGCAAAUGAACGUUUACAACACUAUUUUAACCGACACAUCUUUAAAUUGGAGCAAGAGGAGUACAGACUGGAAGGCAUCAGCUGGCAUAACAUAGAAUACACAGACAAUUCCGGCUGCAUAAACCUUAUCAGUAAAAAGCCAACAGGGUUGCUCCAUCUGCUGGAUGAGGAAAGCAAUUUCCCACAAGCCACAAAUCAAACGCUACUAGACAAGUUUAAGCGUCAACAUGAAGGGAACCUCUACAUUGAAUUUCCAGCUGUAAUGGAACCUGCUUUCAUCAUAAAACACUAUGCUGGAAAAGUUAAAUAUGGUGUGAAGGAUUUCCGGGAGAAAAAUACAGAUCAUAUGCGACCAGACAUUGUCGCUCUCCUAAGAAGCAGCAAGAGUGCCUUUAUUUGUGGAAUGAUAGGAAUUGAUCCUGUUGCUGUGUUUCGUUGGGCGGUCCUCAGAGCUUUCUUCAGAGGUGUAGUUGCAUUUAGGGAGGCAGGAAGGCGGCACAUUGAGAAGAAAACUGGGCAUGAUGAUGCGGUUUUGAAAAGUGUGGAUAGUUUUAGCUUUCUCCAUCACCCAGUUCAUCAGAGGAGCUUAGAGAUCCUGCAGAGAUGCAAGGAGGAGAAGUACAGUAUUGCCCGCAAACGUCCCAGAACACCACUUUCAGAUCUGCAGGGAGUUAACACUAUCAAUGAGAAAAGUCAGCGUGAUAUGUAUGGAGUUGGUUGGAACAGCAAGAUGGGCGUGCGACAGAGCAGACUCUCCAGCCAAAGCAGUUUCCUCGACAAAGAUGGGAUAUUUGUGAAUUCAACUAACAGCAAACUCUUGGAGAGAGCCCAUGGCAUCCUCAUGCGAAACAAGAACUUCAAAGCGAAGCCUAACCUUCCAAAGCACUUGCUUGAAGUGAAAUCGCUCAAGCACUUGACGAACCUAACUCUCCAUGACCGUAUCACAAAGUCUCUUCUCCACCUUCACAAGAAGAAGAAGCCUCCAAGCAUCAGUGCCCAGUUCCAGGCAUCGCUUACCAAAUUGAUGGAGACCCUUGGCCAAGCAGAACCCUAUUUUGUCAAGUGCAUUCGCUCCAAUGCUGACAAGCUUCCCCUGAGGUUCAGCGACAACCAGGUGCUUAGACAGCUGCGGUACACAGGGAUGCGAGAGACAGUGCGCAUACGACAGUCAGGAUAUAGUUCCAAAUACACCUUCAAGGAGUUCGUGGAUCAUUUUCAUGUACUUCUGCCGAGGAGCAUGGUACCAUCCAAGGAGAAUAUCCAAGAAUUCUUAAGGAAAACAAAGACCAACCCUGACAAUUAUCAAGUGGGACGAACAAUGGUUUUCAUGAAAGAGCAGGGACGUCAGCUUCUACAGGGCCUGCUGCAUGAGGAGGUGUUGCGAAGGAUCACUCUGUUGCAGAGCUGGUUCCGCACUAUGCUCUACAGGAGGCAGUUCCUGAAUUUGAAGCAGGCAGCUGUGGUCAUACAGCAAUACUGGCGUAGUUACCAAAGAAGAAAGCAAGCUGAGGAAGAAGAGUCCCUAAACCAUUCCAUCUGUUUAGGCAAGGCAGCAGUUGUUCUUCAGGCCUACUGGCGAGGCUUUGUGGCAAGGAGAAGAUUUCAGCAGAUGCGGGUGGCUGGCUUCAUUAUCCAGAGCUACUGGCGGGAAUGCUUGAGGCACCGGAAUGCUGCGGCUACCAUCGUCCAGGCAAAAUGGCGAAGCUACCACACCAGAAGUGUCUACAGGGCCAAGAGAAACAAAGUGAUUUUGUUGCAAGCAGCGUAUAGAGGAUACAAAGCACGGCAGAGGUUGAGGAUUUUAAAGGAGCAAAGCUUAAGAGAGGCUCCAUUGAGGAAUGGACUGGCAGUUAAAGAAGAGGAUGGACUUGCACCAGGGGACAACCUGGAUGUUACAGGUUCAGAUCCUUCUGAAUGGGAGGAUCGUUCAUUUGAAGAGCGAGUGAAAGCUGUGGAAGAACAUAAGUCAGUGAUUGAAAACAGAGUGGGUCAAAUUGAUCCCUUGGAUAAUUCUGAGGCUUUAUUGUACAAGCACUAUGAGAGAGCCAACAGCCAGGGUGGAGAGAGCAUAGAUGAGCAAGUUCUUGUGAGAGAGAGACCCAAGUCAUUGGAAGACCUCAACCAGAAGAAAGGAGUUCGUGCAAAGCGAGAGAGCCGGCGGAUGCGUGAACUGGAACAGGAAAUAUUUAGCUUGGAAUUGCUUAAGGUCCGGUCCACUGGUGGGGCGUCUCCCUCAGAAGAGCAUCAGUGGUCACCAGAGAUGAUUUCUGAUGACAUGCAAUCUCCUAGGGGAACUCCAGAGAGUGAAAGCUCUCAGGGAAGUCUAGAGAUGCUGAGCCAUGAAGACACUCAGAAGGGCAAGCAGGACCCAACCUUGCCGCACGAGCCUGUUCCCAGAAACUCGUUACCAAACAGCCCUAAAUCUGACAAUGUUAAAUGCAUCCCCAUCCUUGAUGCAGAUGUAAAUAGAAAUGUGUUGGGUGGGAAAAGUUUGGCCUCAAGCUCUGAAUUACCAGAGUGCCUUGCUGCUAAAGAUGGGUCAGUUUGUGAUUCUCAAGGCGUUGUCUACAACUUGCACACAAGAGAGCCACUCAUUUCAAGUAGCCUACCUACAUUUUACCUGCCGCCACAGGACAGUCUCAGAGCUGGCCAGUCAGUUAUAGAGAAUAAUUUAAGGAACAAGCGAAUGGAAAUAGGAGGGAAGUUUUUGUUCCCAGAAGCCAAGCAUACCACUGAACUGGACGGGGCGGGGCAGAGCAGAACCUUUCAUGGAGAAUGUCCACCUUCCUUCAGAGGACAAGAGGGCCCUGCUUCAGAAAUGCUAUCUUCAGAUCCAGUUAUCAAGAAGCUGGAGAAAUUAAAUGUGGAGAAGGAAGAGCGCCAGAAACAAAAGCAACUGCAGAACGAGAAAGAAAUGAUGGAGCAGAUUCGACAGCAGAAGGAAAUUUUGGGGAAGCAGCGUAAAGUUUUUGAGCAGCAGAACAAGGUCAGGGAGUCCUCUCAAGGAGCCUCUAUCAGGUCACCAAAGAAAACGGACAAGCCUCAAUCUCUCCUCAUUGGGAGUCCCCAGAGCAAAGAGGAGCCUUGUCUUACAACAAGUGCAGGGCCCACUUCAACGGUAGAUAUUAAAGGUCUUACUGUCACAGCAAAAAGAAGCCCGCCUGCUUGCCAGAAGACCCAGAAAGAAAAGACUAUCAUCAUGAUCCUGGAACGAAAGGAAGACAAGACGCCAGGUGUUCAGCAGUCUGCUGGAAGAGACCAGUUAAGCUUGCAAAUGGCUGCUGAAUCUCAAGAAGGCUCGAGCAAUCUGCCUGCAAGAGAAAAACGGUUCAGGUUGCCCCGAAUUCCUCGCCAGGGUACUGAAAGCUCUUCUAAUGAAACUAGAGGUGGUUCUAUUUUCUUUACCCCAAAGGAUAGUCAUGUGGGUCUUAAUUUCAGCAAAGAAUCUUCAGCAUGUCCAUUGCUUCCGAAAGAAGAACAUAAAAAACCAUCAAAGGUUUCUGGACAAAGUAGGGGAGAGCAGGUUGCCAGACCAGCCCAUAAAAAGAAAGCCCGCAUGGCACGGACACGCUCUGAUUUCUUGACUAGAGGUGCUUUUGCUGAUUGGGAGGGGGAUACGGAGGAAGAGGAUUACGAUGACAGUUUUGAAUUCCUUCUCUCCCUUGACCAACCUCCUCACCCUGAGCCCGGCUGUGCAGCCAGACUUGGGCAGCCCUGUCACAGUGACUCUGAAAUGCUGCUACAGCGCUUCUCUUCAAAUGAAGGCCAAACAACGCUUCACAAAACCAUGUCCCAAGGAGAGAUUGGAAAACUGGCAGCUGCACAGAAGACUGCAGCUGCAGAUGGAAGCAGGCCUCAAAGAGCCAAGAUGAGAUUUUGGGGGAAAGGGAGACAAGUGGAAAAAACACACAGGGAGAAGCUUUCUACCCAGUCAGAGCUGUUAGAGUUGCAUUCUGAUCAAGAUGCAUCAGGAAGGGAGAUUAUUUCAGGUCUACAACAUGAAGAAGAACUGACUCCCCCAAGGAGUCCUGAGUUGUCUGGCAUCUAUCGAAGGGAAUGUAAGGAGAACAAAGAGCCGUCUCCCAAGGUGAAGCGAAAGCGCAGCCUGAAAAUCAGCAAUGUGACAAUGGAACCUGCACAGUGGCAGAAUGACGCCCUUCAGAUCAUAACCAGCGUCAGUGACUUGAAAAGCAUGGAUGAGUUCCUCUUGAAAAAGAUGAAUGAUCUUGAUAGUGAGGACUGCCAAAAGGAUACUCUGGUGGAUGUUGUCUUUAAAAAAGCCUUGAAAGAAUUCCGACAAAAUAUCCUCAGUUUCUACUCAUCGGCUUUGGCAAUGGGUGAUGGAAACUGCAUCCGGUACAAAGACCUACAUGCCCUCUUUGAACAAAUUCUGGAAAAAACAAUGAGGCUUGAACAAAGAGACUGGCGUGAAUCGCCUGUCCGGGUGUGGGUCAAUACGUUCAAGGUCUUUUUGGACGAAUACAUGACAGAGUAUAUGCCUUCGAAUUGCACUGCCUUAAAGGUAACCAAAACAGAAAGAAAAAAGAGAAGGAAGAAGGAAGCAGAUGUUGUAGAAGAACAUAAUGGUCACAUUUUUAAGGCCACUCAGUACAGCAUUCCCACUUACUGUGAAUUCUGUUCCUCCCUGAUAUGGAUCAUGGACAAGGCUUCUGUUUGUAAAUUAUGCAAGCAUGCUUGCCACAGAAAGUGCUGCCUGAGGACCACAACCAAGUGCCCCAAAAAGUACGAUCCUGAGCUUUCCUCGCGGCAAUUUGGGGUUGAACUCUCCCGUCUGACCAGUGAAGAGCGAACAGUGCCAUUGGUAUUUGAGAAGCUCACCAGCUAUAUAGAAAUGCACGCACUGUACACAGAGGGCAUUUACCGGAAAUCCGGAUCAACCAAUAAGAUCAAAGAGUUGCGGCAGGGACUGGACACAGAUAUUGAGAGUGUGAAUCUUGAUGACUACAACAUCCAUGUCAUUGCCAGUGUGUUCAAACAGUGGCUGCGGGAUUUGCCUAACCCUCUCAUGACAUUUGAAUUUUAUGAAGAAUUUCUGCGAGCUAUGGGUUUGCAUGAGAGAAAGGAGGCCAUUCGUGGGGUCUAUUCAGUGAUCAGCCAGCUUUCUGGUACUCAUCUGAGUACCUUGGAGCGACUGAUCUUCCACCUUGUAAGAAUUGCCCUAGAGGAGGAGACGAAUCGGAUGUCAGCUAAUGCCCUGGCAAUUGUGUUUGCUCCCUGCGUUCUCCGCAGUCCAGAUACUACUGACCCUCUUCGGAGUGCUCAGGAUGUCUCUAAAACCAUCAGCUGCAUUGAGCUGAUUGUUGUAGAGCAAAUGGACAAAUAUCGGGCUCGCCUUAAAGACAUCAGUAGCCUCGAGUUUGCAGAGAACAAGGCCAAGAGUCGGCUCUCGAUGAUCAGGAGGUCUAUGGGAAAAGGUCGGCUACAUCGUGGGGCCUACCCAAGUCCUUCAUCUCCAGCUCCUCUCCGGUUGCCAUCUGCCUCUGAUGCUUCUGAAGAGGUCCUGAGUGGCGAAGAGGCCAUGGAGGCGGAGGUCUCUGAGCAGCAGAAAGUUGCCAUGCAGGAAGAAGAGAGAGUUUUGACGGAGCAGAUUGAAAACCUUCAGAAAGAAAAGGAAAACUUAACUGUUGAGAUGCUGGUACUAGACCCAAGAGCCUCUGAUGAUGAAACUCUGGAAUCUGAGGCCUCCAUUGGCACUGCCCACAGCUCUGAAAACCUGAACGUUGGUUAUGAAGGAGACACUUUGGACAGAGCAGAUAGAAAUUUAGCACUUGGCUUCGCCAGACCCAUCAAGGCAGACACCAUCACUACCAGGCCUCGAAGGCAUCUGAAGAAGCAGCAGGAAUCUGUGGAGUCGGUAGACUCCUCUGUGUCUGCUCCAUCUCUGUCACCCUCUCCUUCCUCUUCCUCCUCCUGCUUACCUCAUGUAACUAGGAAGCGAUUCCAGAUAUACUCCAAAUCGCCUUUCUACCGGGCAGCUCCCUCUGGGGAUGCCUCAGCCCUCGAACAAGCGCCAGGGCACCUCAGAGGUUUGGACGACAAGCCGCAGUUCACCACUAGAGGGACUUUCAAUCCCGAGAAGGGCAAGCAGAAGCUGAAGAAUGUGAAGAACUCCCCACCAAAAGCCAAAGAGCUCCCAGAGGCAAGUGCCGGGCCAGGCCAGAAGAGACAGCCUGAUGCUGCCAAUUACAACAAUGCCCAGCAGCUGGUGCUACUCGGAAACAAUGAAUUUAUGGUAUGAGCCGCACCAGCUGAUCGCAGCAAAAUUGCAACAUCUCAUCCGUGACAUCUUGCUGCUUCUUCGACACCGUCUGCUGCCACCGGCGUUCUGGAACUCAGUGUGUUGGGACUCAGUGUGUUCCCUCAGUAAACCUGAAGGAAGGAAGGGCCGGUGAGCUGUAUCUGCAUAUUCUGUCAGUCCCCAGUUCUGUCUGUGAUGGGCAAGGGAAUGUGCAAGCAGACAAGAACACCAGAAGACAAUUAGAGUUCAGGGACCUAUUCUUGAUCCCAGCUAUCAAAGCAGCCAACUUUAGGGACUGGGUUUUUGCACUGGGAUUCAUAAGCAAGGGCCCUCUUAGACGGACCCGCAGCAUAAAGGAGACCAAGCUCUUGUUUGAAGCUAUUCCUUAUUUGCUUCAUUGUGUUGUCAAUAUUUAAAAAUGUUCAUUUCCACCCAAGCACUUCUCAGACAACCGUCAGGUGCAUACCUGUUGUGGAAAAGAGAGCUUUUUGACUUAAAAAAAAAAAAGGUCAGAAUAACAAAUGCCAGUUUGGUUCUAGGUAGGUCAAUGCCAAAUAUUUGUGCCGAAUGUUCAGUAGCCAUAACCACAACAGGUGUUCUGUUUUCAGGGUACAGGAGAGGCAGCAUAAAUAUUAGGAGAUAGAACCCUUUGUUUUUCUGGCUACGCCCUGGACACGCUCUGCUGCUAGAUGAGCAAAAAGCUCCACAAACAGACUGACGGGCAGGAAAAAAGUCACUCCCACAAUCACUUUACUCAAGCAAAAUGGAGAUGGGUGGAGAAGCAGUAAGGAGGGCUGCUGUCACAAUCAGUCUGUUUAAAAUGUGAUUUAACAUCACUUUUUUGCUGAACAUCAGUAUUAAGCAAAGUCAAAACAAAAUCAGAGACUACUUGAAGCUCUUUGAUAGUAUUAUGGUUACUGAAGUUCAAUGUAAAUAUGUUUUGUUUUUUAACUUUCCCCUCACAAUGUGGGACUUAACUUUUUUCCCCUUUAAUGUGGGACACUUAUGCCAGGAAGGUAAAUGGGUGGGUGGGGGAAGCUAGAAUUAGAUCUGAGGUCUUGACAGUGUGAAACAACAGAAGGUAGUCGUUUUUUGCAUCCUUAUGUCAUGAGGUAAUUCCCACCAGUACCUUGCAUUUGGAGCUUUCAGGAGUUUGUCUUUGUGAUGAAAUAGCUGUGAAUGUGUGUGGGAAAAUUUGCUCCAGUUCUUGACUUUAGCAGUAAUGUAUGUAUCUUUUAAAGUGGACCUUUGGGGAGCCCCAUUUUUUCAGAGCAUCACUGAGGAUAGCAGAAAAUAUUCAGAUGGCUAAGGUUUGCCCAGCUGCUUUGUACCACCCAUGCAAAUAUAGCUGUAAUUUUAAAAAAACCUUUUAAUAUAAAAAACUACCAACAGGGGCAGUGUACUGUGAUUGUAUACAUGAGAGCAGGAAAUCUGAUAACCUUUAGUUUCCAGCUUUUGUUAGUGAUUGUAUGCAGGUCCUACGCCUCAUUUCCAGUCUGAGUGGUCUGAGUGGCUAAGAAUCAGUGAUGAGUUGGUGGUUUAAAACCAAACAUGCAAGAAGCCCCUUCCAAAUUCAGACCAGGGCCUCCAGUUACAAAAAAAGGGGGGGCAAUUGAAAACUGCAGCUCCAUUUGUGUAGGUCUCGUAGCACAAACCAGCUGGACAAACUUCAUCCCACUCGAUAUCUACUGCCACUUUACUCAUUUGCACUUGCCCUGUUAGUCAGACUUUGUCUGGCCUCUGACACAGGAAUCCUCAGCUGUGCUCUUCCUGCUUCAAAUUACCCUUUAAGAAAGAGAGGAAAAAGAAUACAGCAAUUUGGGACACCCACAGCCAGAAAGGGUUACCCUACUCUCUGCACCCACCUCUCUUAAUGCUUGUAUGUUGCAGACUAAUAAGCUGCAUUCCUCUCCUCCUCCCCCCAAUCCUGCUCUUGGUCCCGAACUGCAUGAUAGUCAUUGCAUUUUCCCCACACACAUUAGAUGCUUCUUUCUGUUUGAGCCACAUUCAGCAAGUGCACAAAGAUCCUUUGGAAACUUGUCUUCUGGCCCUCAUUUUGACGAGUUGCUCUCUGCUGGGAAGUGCUAGGCUCUGCAUACACUCCAGGGUACUAAUUCCCAUUUCUUCCAGUGCAAAGCCUUCCUUUCAGCACUGGCCUUGUUGGGGGAGGAGGAGACACAAUUACAUAAUUCAGAUGGGUCCAAGCCAGAGUUUUGGUUGUUGCACUGUUUGUUUUGUUUUUGAUACUGGCAACAGGAAGAAAAAAAGUAUUUCCAUUCAUUUCCACAUCCAUAUUUUUGCCUGAUACCUGUCUUCCAAGAUAGCAGUCUACUCUCCCCACCUGCACUCCCUGACCCUGUGCAAUCUGUAAGUACAGGGUCUUGGAUUUUGUUUCCCCACUCAUGGUAUUAAGUGAAUGUACUCACCACUAGAAAGGACGUUGGCUGCAUAUAGUUAUUUUUAAUGGAUUUUUUAAAAGUAAUUUAUAAGUAUACUGAGUGUAAAUUUUAAAAGACUUAUGUAUUGUAAAAGGAUAUAUUGUCCUGUGUCAUACUCUAUAAAUCUUACAUGUUUAAAGAAGAAUUCUAUAAAGGAAAAUGCUUUAUUUUGCUCACUGAACCAGCUGGCUUGCAGUUACGCAGUCAGCUGGCACAUUGUAAUUUCAUGUCUGGAGGUUUCUUUAGUUUUUUAAAUUAAUGUUAUUUUUGUUUCUCUUUCCUGGAACAAGGCCGUCAUAUUCAAAGUGCAAUUUGUGUAAUAUUUUGUAAAUAUGAUACUAUAUGGCUGUACAAAAACAACUUUAUGAACAAAUAACUUCUAGCUUAUUAAAGAAGAAAACAAUGGAAAAUAAAGUGAUAGUGGCA